AUGUCGUGGAGUUGCUGCAAAGUGCCAUCGAUCGCCGUGGCGAUUACACUUGUCUCCUGUGCUUAUUCCCAUCCCGACUGUCGCAUUGGCCUCAUUGUGGGCACUGGCGUCAAUGCUUGCUACGUGGAGCAAACAUCCAAGGCGGAGAUGCUCGACGGUUAUGAAAGUAGUCAAAAGCCCAUCAUGAUCAUCAACACGGAACUGGGAGCAUUUGGAGACAAUGGAUCAUUGGAUUCGGUACGCACUGUUUACGACAAGACCCUCGACAUAGAGUCAGUGAAUCCAGGCAGUCAGACCUUAGAGAAAUGCGUCUCCGGCAUGUAUCUGGGCGAGGUGGUGCGUCACAUUCUGCUCGAUCUUAUGCGCAUGGGAGUGCUGUUCCGCGGCAUGAGACCGGAUGAAAUGCAAACCAAAUGGAUAUUUCGAACUCGCUUUAUAUCGGAAAUCGAAUCCGAUCCACCUGAGGUGUUUCACAAUGCCCGAGUGGUGUUGUAUCAUCUGGGCAUCAAAACGGACGACCUUAAUGAUAUGGCUUGUCUGCGCUAUAUCUGUGAUUCGAUAUCGCUUCGAUCUGCACAACUCACCUCAUGUGCCAUUGUUGCGAUGAUCAAUCAGAUGAAUGUCGAGUCGUGUACUGUGGCCAUAGAUGGGGGACUGUGUCGCUAUCACCCGCAUUAUCGAAAUUCGAUCGAGCAGCAGAUGUCGAUACUCUUGAAGAAUGCUUCUGCAUACAAGAUCGUGCUGUCCGAGGAUGGUUCUGGUCUAGGGGCAGCUCUCGUCGCCGCAGCCUUCGCCAAUAAAUAA